AUGGGCGUUCGCCAGAACCCUUGGACUCCAACAAAACGUCGAGGCCCAAUUGCCGCAGAGUCAUCAAGUCCAGGUCCCGCUGUAGUGUCCCUUCCGUCUCUUAUAGGCAAACCUCCACAAGAAUCACGCAGAGUACGUGCUCCAGCUUUUACUUUUGGUCAAAAGCUUGAACCUCCUGGUCUUAUUUCUAAAGCAGGUCCCGGACCGGCUACCUACAACACGGAAGGAAUGACGGCUAAAGCGCCAAACACAUAUUCUAUGCCACCGGUUCUCGGCGAGGCCAAAGAGGGCGGUAAACGUGCAGCACCAGCCUUUAGUAUCACUGGUCGUGGUAGAGCCGUGGAAGCUAAAGGUCCCUUGCCUGGUCCUGGUACCUAUACAACAGAUAAAGCUUCAACAGCUUUGAAUAAAAGACCUCCUGCCUACACCAUCGCACCAAGGCGAGAGCUCAGGCUUCCGUCUGCUGCCGUACCCGGGCCUGGGGUAUACUGUCCCGAAAAGAAAAUUACGAAUAUUCACAAGAGAUCUACGAGAAACAGCUUUUCAAGAAAAAUGAAACUAGAAAGUUCUGAACAAGUUCCUGCGCCUAAUGCUUAUUGUCCAGAAAAGGCAGACAGAAUGCUUAGAGAAAAAUCACCUGCAUACUCAUUUGGCACUAAAAGUACUAUUACUAAAGUACAAAACGCACCCGCCCCUAAUUUGUAUUCACCUGAAAAGUCUAUGAAUUCGUUUAAAAGCGGCCCUAAAUACACUUUAGCUGGUAAAGGUGUUGCUGAAAAACUUGAAGUAACGCCUGGUCCGAAUUACUACAGCCCUCAAAAGGCAGAUAAAAUUUUACACGAAAGUUCCCCCGCUUACACGAUGCGCUCAAAAGAAUUUGUAGAAAAAAUUGAGCAAACACCAGCUCCAAACAUAUAUUCUCCAGAGAAAUCAAUGCAUAUGUUGAAUGGUGGACCAAAGUAUACUAUGUCAGGAAAGAGUGCACAUGUCAAGUCAUCAGAAACACCAGCACCAAAUGCCUACACGCCUGAGAAGGCUGAUAAAGUUUUACACGAAAAUUCACCAGCUUUUACAUUUAGGAUAAAAGAACAAGUGACAAUAAGAAGCGAAUCACCUGCGCCUAACAUGUAUGCGCCAGAAAAAUCUAUGCAUAUGUUAGAUGGUGCUCCAAAAUUCAGCAUAGGUGGUAAAGGUCAUCCCGAUAAAAUUGAAAGUACUCCGGCACCUAAUGCUUACUGUCCAGAUAAAGCUGAUAAAAUUUUACAUGAAUCAUCACCAGCUUAUACUUUCCGAGUUAAAGACCAAAUUGCAAAACCCGAUAAUACACCUGCUCCAAAUAUAUAUUCACCAGAAAAAUCAAUCAACAUGUUCCAUAGUGCCCCAAAAUUUAGCAUUACUGGUAAAGGGCUUUCACAAAAAAUAGAAGAUGGUCCAGCACCAAAUGCUUAUAAUUUAGAUAAAGCUGAUAGCAUUCUUCAUGAAUCAGCGCCUGCAUAUACAUUCAGGCCUAGAACUGCAACAGAUAAACCAAGUUACACGCCAGCACCAAACGUAUAUCAUCCGCAUCUUAGUGAUAGUGCUCCAAAAUUUAGUUUGUACGGCAAAGGUCAUGAUGUUAAGACUUCAGAUACACCUGGACCUAAUGCUUACGAACCGCAUUUAUUAGACGGAACUCCUAAAUUUACUAUGGGAGGAAGACCUCCCUCCGACAAGCCAUCUAAUGUACCAGCUCCUAAUGCGUAUGAUCCGCACUUACUUGACAAUUCUUUAAAAUUUACCUUAGGUGGUAAAGGAAUUGACACGAAACCUUUUAAUACUCCUGGACCCAAUAGUUAUGAUCCUCACUUAUCUAGUAAUUCACCAAAGUACACUAUUACCGGAAAAGGUCACGAAGCAAAAUAUUCUGAUGUUCCUGCGCCAAAUUCUUAUGAUCCUCAUUUACCUGACGGAACUCCCAAAUAUACGAUUGGUGGUAAAGGGUUAUCGGAUAAGCCGUCUGAUACUCCUGGGCCAAACGUAUAUGAUCCACAGUUGCCUCACAACGCUCCUAAAUUUACAAUAUCGGGCAAAGGAAAAGAUCCUAAAAUUAAUGAUGUGCCUGCUCCCAAUAAAUAUGAUCCCCAUCUCCCCAAUGGAACUCCAAAAUUUACGAUUGCAGGGAUUCGACAUCCAGAAACAAUUGAAAAUACUCCCGCACCAAACUCUUAUAGUCCAGAAAGAGCUAAUAAAUUAUUAUUUGAAAGUUCUCCAGCUUAUACUUUUAGAACUAAGCAUUUACAUAACCAACCAAGUGACACGCCUAGUCCUAAUUCAUACGAACCAAGUAAAUAUGACUACAUGUUAGAGGGUGCGCCUAAGUAUACUUUUGGUACAAAAGGUCCCGCUGAUAAGCUUCCUAACUACCCAGCUCCAAAUGCUUACACUCCAGAAAAAGCUGAUCAUAUCUUACAUGGACAUGCACCGUCUUAUUCAUUCCGCCCCAAAAUAGAAAAUGGUAAGGUUGUGAACACCCCUGGACCUAACGCUUACAGCCCAGAAAAAGCCUAUAAAGUUUUAGAUAAAUCGCCUGCCUACACUAUAGCUCCUAAAGGUAAAGAUGACAAAGUAUACGAUACACCAGCGCCUAAUUUUUACUGCCCUGAAAAAGCUGACAAGAUUCUUUUAGACAGCGCACCUCGAUAUUCCUUCAGGAUUAAGAACAAUCCAUACAAACCAGAUAUUGUACCUGCACCUAAUAGCUACAAUCCCGAUAAAGCUGACAAAGUGCUGUUGCACAACGCUCCCCAGUAUACGUUCCGAAUUAAAACUAAUGAAGUGAAGACCGUUGAUACUCCUGCACCAAAUUCAUACAAUAUUCCAACGAAAGUCGAAACACCAUUAUAUACAAUUUCGGGUAGACAUAAGGAACCCAUAGAUGAGCGCCUCAAGGUGCCUGCUCCAGGGACUUAUGACCCUGAAAAGGGCUACAAAUUUAUUUUGACUUAUUCUCCAGAACAUACCUUUGGCAUCAAAAUACAAACAAAUAAAUUCGCUGAUACCCCUGCGCCGAAUACAUACCGAAUUCCAUCUGUACUGGACACUCCGGUGUACACGAUGUCAGGACGUCAUAAAGUACCGGUUGAUGAUCGCGUGCGAGUGCCUGCGCCUGGCACCUACUCCCCUGAAAAGGUGCAGAUAACCAACACACCACAAAUAACAUUUGGUAUCAAACACUCGCCGCUGUUGGGACAACUCAGACCAUUAAGCACAUCACGUCCAACAGAGAAAAAAGUAACCCAAACCACCGAAAGUAACAAAGAAACUACUAAAUAUAUUCAAAGGACGGUUGUAGGCGAAAAUGGUCACAACGAAGAUACAACUCAAAUUAAUCGCCAAAAUAUUGAAGAGUCAAAUAAAUAUGCCGAUGUCAGUCGCGCGAAUGUGACCUACACGAGACACAACAACAACGUUCGAAGUACAACAGUUUCCCCUGAACCAAUUCAUAACCAAGAAACAUUGACACAGGAAAUUGUGUGGGUUCCCGAGCAGCCAACAGUACGUCGCGGGUCUUAUACCAUUGACAAAACAGAUGAGAAUGCAUACUCUGAACAUUACAAAAAUAAUGACAUUAUUUCAGUUGAAAACGGAGUGAAAAAAACUGCAGAGCAAGGAGAAAUUAGCGGUAGGUGCUCUGAGGAAAGGAGUACUAAAUUCAUAAGAAGAGAUGGUUUUGAACAAAAUAUUGACAGGAAUGUAAAAAACGCGACUGCUAAUGAGAAUAAAGAAACAGCUACCGAGGAAGUACGUAGUAAUACAGAUGUUCAAAAGUUAGAAAAUGGUGGUUUUUCGAAAACGACGACAACGACUACUGUUAAGAAGUUUGGCAACAGUGCAGCUAAAACAGAUAAUGCUACUACUAGCGUCACUCGCACUGCAACUGUGGUAACCGCACGUGAUAUUGGCGUCAAAUAA